AUGGGGCAUGGAAAGCGAAUGUUUCGCCGGGCGUCGCAAACGAGGGGUUGGUUGGCGUGCGGCGUGCAGCGGCGUGGCGCGCGCGUGGCGUCGCGCGGGGCGGACGCGGGGCGGGCGCGUCGCUCGACGGCGGCGCGGGCGGGCUGGGCCGGUGCAGUGGUUGGCGCGUGGUGUCGAUACGAGUGCGACGGCGGCGGGGGGCGCCCGGGGCCCGGGUGCCGGGGCGGGCGGACGCACGCGCCAGUCUUCUGCCACCGCGCUCCGGCGACACACGCUCCACACAGAACUACGCAAUCGUCACGCGGCUUUCGACGAGAGCAUGACUCGCCGCUCCCGAUGAGGCGCAACCGUACGCGCAGCGUUCACGUUACG